CCCUCCCGCCUCCCGACCCGGUCAAAGGGGAAAGGUCAGGGAGGCGGAAGCGCUCUCACAGCUCCCUCGGCCUCCUCGGUUCUGGCCGGGCCGAUGAGCGUGUCCCUGGUGGUGAUCCGGCUGGAGCUGGCCGAGCACUCCCCGCUCCCCGCCGCCUUCUCCUACAGCGCGGCCGCUCCGGAGAUGGCUGCGGAAAGCACCGGGGCGGCCCCGACUUCCGUGCCCUCCUGUUUAGAGGGGAAAGGCCCCGGUGAGAGGGCGGCCAUCCUCCACCAACACCUCGGCCGCAGGGAGAUGACCGAUGUGAUCAUUGAGACCAUCCAGCCACGGACAGAUGAACCAAAGGCUGCCGUGGAAGGAAGAAAAUCCUCAGAAGCCACAUCUGCUGAGGACAAAACUAAACAUGAGGAUCAAAGCCAAGAGCAUGAAGCUGCUCCAGAUUCUCCUUCCAAACAGCUCCCUGACCAGAUCUCCUUCUUCAGUGGGAAUCCCUCAGUGGAAAUCGUUCAUGGCAUCAUGCACCUCUACAAAACCAACAAGAUGACCUCUCUGAAAGAAGACGUGCGGCGCAGUGCCAUGCUCUGCAUCCUCACUGUCCCUGCCACCAUGACCAGCCACGACCUGAUGAAGUUUGUGGCUUCCUUCUGUGAAGUUAUUGAGCACAUGAAGAUCAUCAGAGACUCCACUCCCAACCAGUACAUGGUGCUCAUCAAGUUCAGCUCCCAGGCUGAUGCUGACAGCUUCUACAUGGCCUGCAAUGGCCGCCAGUUCAACUCCAUUGAGGAGGAUGUUUGCCAACUGGUCUAUGUGGAAAGGGCUGAAGUCUUCAAAUCAGAAGAUGGUGCCAGCCUGCCCGUGAUGGAUCUGACAGAGCUCCCCAAGUGCACUGUGUGCCUGGAGAGGAUGGAUGAGUCUGUGAACGGGAUCCUCACCACCCUCUGCAACCACAGCUUCCACAGCCAGUGUCUGCAGCGCUGGGAGGACACCACGUGUCCUGUCUGCAGAUACUGCCAAACGCCUGAGCCCGUGGAAGAGAACAAGUGUUUUGAGUGUGGAGUUCAAGAAAACCUUUGGAUCUGCCUGAUCUGUGGGCACAUCGGCUGCGGGCGCUACGUCAGCCGCCACGCUUACAAACACUUUGAGGAGACCCAGCACACCUAUGCCAUGCAGCUGACCAACCACAGGGUCUGGGACUAUGCUGGAGAUAACUACGUCCAUCGUCUGGUUGCAAGUAAAACUGAUGGGAAGAUAGUUCAGUAUGAGUGCGAGGGAGAUAUGUGUCAGGAAGAGAAAAUUGAUGCCUUACAAUUAGAGUAUUCCUAUUUGCUAACGAGCCAGCUGGAAUCACAGAGAAUCUAUUGGGAGAACAAGAUAGUCCGGAUAGAAAAGGAUACAGCUGAAGAGAUUAACAACAUGAAGACCAAAUUUAAAGAGACCAUUGAGAAGUGUGACAGCCUGGAGCAGAGGCUGAAUGACUUGCUCAAAGAAAAGCAGUCUGUGGAAAGGAAGUGUUCUCAGCUGAAUAACAAAGUGGCCAAACUGUCCAACGAGCUGAAGGAGGAGCAAGAACUGAACAAGUGCUUGCGAGCCAAUCAAGCCUUGCUGCAAAACAAACUGAAGGAGGAGGAGAGAGUGUUAAAGGAAACCUGUGAGCAGAAGGACCUGCAGAUCUCUGAGAUCCAGGAGCAGCUGAGGGAUGUCAUGUUCUACUUAGAGACACAACAGAAAAUCAAUCACCUCCCAGCUGAGACCCGACAGGAGAUUCAGGAGGGACAGAUCAACAUUGCAGUGGCAUCAUCUGCCAGCUCCUCCACAGGGACCACGGGGAAACCUUCAUCCAGGAGAGGCCGUGGCAAGAGGGGCAAGUGAAAAGCAGGAUGCCCUGCUCCCCCCCCCUUGAAGCUGGUGCCUGGUGGCAGGCCAGGCUCACCUCUUGGGACUUUGGCUGGGAACACCCAGUUUACUAAAGCUCAGCUAGAAAUUUUCUCUUCAGAGCUGCUCAUAAAACUGGCUGCCAGUCACUUGGAAGUCUCUGUGGUAUUUAAAAGCAUUUCACUGCACUAUUUAGCUAUUUUUAGGCAGAUCUUAAUGCCUGUUUUGCCUUCCUACCUUUCCAAAGCCCCUCCUGUCAUACAUUUGACUUUCUUCUUGGAGAGUGUCCUGUUUUGGGGUGGGGGGGUGUGAAUGUGUCAAACGUGGCAUUCCUGGAGGGGAGGCUGCAGAGCAGGUGUGGUCCAGUGCCUGAGGCUCCUCCAGUUCUGGAUUAAAAAGUAUUCUCCAGUAAGAAAGGGUUUUAUUUAAUAAACAGUGUAAA